AUGACCACUAUACAACCACCACGGAAGAAAGCUCGUCUCCAACGUGCCAAUACAGGCUGCAGGGACUGUCGUCAGCGUCGAGUCAAAUGCCCCGAGGGCAUGUUGGAUCCCCAUACGGGCAGGAAGGCUGCAUGUCGGAAAUGCUGGGAGAAUGAUCAGGAAUGCUAUUACCCUUCGACAGCUCACAAGCCGUCGAAACUACUCAAAGACGUAAUAUGGGUGGAAAGUGGACCGUUCGAACAUAUGACAACGACGAAGAAGACGCCUGAACAGGAUAACAUACUCUUCGUCACAUCCUCAUCGUCCGGUCAGUCGUCUUCCUCGCCCAUCUCCCCUACCAUUUCUACCCUACCGCAAUCACUGUUCGAUCUUCCUCCACCAUCUGCAAGCUUCGAGUUCAACGUUGAUCCCAAUACUCUACCUACCACUGGUCGCCCGAUCGCCUCCAAUUCACCUCCCAUCGAUAACAAUGCCCUAGAUUUGACGUUCUUCUUGAAUCCCCCUCCCCCAGCCCAUCACGAUCUGUUCCCUAUCGUAAACUCCUCGGCAUCCAUCACAGCACUUCAAGACGAUGCGCAAGCCGAAGCGUCCUCUUCAGAUACUACAAAUGACGCCUGGCUUGCCUUGUUGCGCGAGCCAUAUCCAUCCCGCUCUACACCUACGAGCGCCUUCGCACCAUAUCUUCAGCCGAAUCUUAUCAAAGCCCUAUUCCAACCAAGUCCUAAAGCACCUGUCACCUAUUUCACUCUCGCAUCGUUACCAUGUGGAUCUAUCGAUCGAACUGCAUUAUCCUACUUCGAGAGUCAGGGGUGCAACGAGAUCGUCGCUGCUCCGACCCCCAAAGCAAAUUGGAUCCAUUCGCUACUCUUCCCGCAGAUCUACCAUCUCCUAUCGACUGUUCCAUCAAGCAAGACACCUCAGGGGAUGGUCAGGGAUUUCGCAUACCAUGCGCUCAUGCAAUUGAGCUUUGUCCAUAGGGGCAACGUUGAGAAAGACGCCACGAGGGCAGUUUAUUGGAAAUCUGAAGCAUUGAAACACAGGAGAUUGGGUAGUUCGACUGUGCUGAAAGUUAAAGCGUUAUAUAAAGGUGCAGGAUGGAAGACAGAGGAGUAUUUAAUGGGCUUUUUCGUCCGUUGUAUGGCAGAUAUGCUAGAUUCUCGUGAUUUGGUCAUAGAUCAUACCACAGCCUGCGAGCUACCUGCAGACACCUGUUCGCCCAACUACCCCAGUCUACGCGAUAUGAUAGCGCUCUAUUCUACCAUUCAUGGGUCCUGUACACCACUUGAACUCGCCUCGGCACAGCCUCUGUCCGGUCCAACCAAACCUGUAUUCGAGUUGCCAUUGGAAGGACCAGAUUGGGUAGAAAGAUUUGUCGGCUACUCUCGCCAAUUCAUCAUCCUGCUCGGUAGAGUGAACGGAAUGGUCACUUAUCGCGAUCACUUGAUCCGUACUGGUCGAGAGAAUACAUUGGAUGGGAAGAUGUUAAGAGCGCAGUCGGAAGCGUUGAGCGCAGAACUGGCUGACCCAUAUGCAUGGUUGGAAUCAGGCAAAAGCUAUCGGGUGGAGAAAGGUGGAAUAGUCCUGCGACUAGCUCUUCAGCUAAUGGUAUUUAGCGAACUUCUCGAAAUUAGUCUUGAUGACUCGCGAUUCUCGCAUGUCCGUUCUGUAGCCCAAGAGCUUGUAGCUGAUACAGUAGGGCAUGAGUCAGCAGGAUACCAGUGGUGCUUGACAGUUAUUGCUGUCUAUACCAGUAAAAAGGACGAUCGGGAUAGGACGAGGGCGUUACUGGACGAUGUGAAUUCCAUGUCAUUUGGGAAGAGCUACAAUGGUACUUCGGAGAUCAUGGAGAUGUGCUGGGAGAUAUACGAUGCUCAAGGAUUUUAUACGAAUGGGAUAGCUCCGUGGCGAGAGGCGAUGACGGCUUUUGGAAGGACUGUAAUUGUAUAA